AUGGACACCAAGCUGCCUUCAGCCUUCGUGGACACACAGCACGCCCCCCGUCCCUCGGGACGAGCCCGCCAGGUCCCGGGAGCCUGCGGGAAGGGACCCGCCCCUCCGCCCCGCGCAUGCGCACACCGCCCGGCCGCUGCCGCUCGUCCCUCCGCCGCCGGGGGCGCUGCCGCGCGCCUGCCUUGCCUCCCGGGGGCGGGUCCCGCUCGGGUCCGCGCCCGGAUCGCGAUGGCGGCGGCGGCGGCGGCGGCGGCGGCGGCGGCCGGGAUCGGGUCAGCGGCGGGCGGCGCAGGCGGGGAGCGGAGCAGCACCCGGGACCGGCUCCUGGCGGCGCUGGAGGAUCUCGAGCUCUUGGCCAGGGAACUAAUUGAAAUUUUGGCAAUUUCAAGAAACCAAAAGCUUCCACAACCAGGAGAGGAGAGCCAGAUCCUGGAGCUGCUGAUUCAGAGAGAUGGAGAGUUUCAAGAGCUAAUGAAGUUGGCAGUUGAUCAGGGGAAAAUCCACCAUGAAAUGCAGCUUUUAGAAAAGGUAGUAGAAAAGCGGGAUAAUGAUAUUCAGCAGCUGCAGAAACAGCUAAAAGAAGCAGAGCACAUACUGGCAACAGCUGUUUAUCAAGCAAAGGAAAAACUAAAAUCAAUUGAAAAAGCACGAAAAGGUGCCAUUUCCUCUGAAGAAAUAAUUAAAUAUGCCCAUAGGAUCAGUGCGAGCAAUGCUGUUUGUGCCCCUCUGACAUGGGUACCAGGGGACCCACGUAGGCCAUAUCCUACAGAUCUGGAAAUGAGAAGUGGUCUCUUGGGUCAGAUGAACAACCCAUCCACCAAUGGAGUCAAUGGACACUUACCAGGGGAUGCACUUGCAGCAGGCAGACUUCCAGAUGUGCUUGCUCCUCAGUAUCCUUGGCAGUCAAGUGAUAUGUCAAUGAACAUGCUACCUCCUAAUCAUAGUAAUGACUUCAUGCUGGAGCCUCCAGGACACAAUAAAGAGAAUGAAGAUGAUGUAGAAGUUAUGUCAACAGACUCCUCAAGCAGCAGCAGUGACUCAGACUAGGUACAAGGGGGACAGUAUCCCUAGUAGACCUUUCCUGUGGAGAAGGUAGGUUAGAUGCUGUUUGUCACAAACUGCAAUAUCCUUUUGUUACACCAGCAGCCCUGUGUAAGGGAGAAGGUAACAGCUGGCUCAGAAAUAGGGUGACAUUUAAAACCAUGGACUAUAGACUUGUUUUUUCCUAUUAGAUGUUCUGGGAGCUGGGAGAAAUGUCUGGGAGCUGUCUGCUGGGGGAGAGAUGUCAGAUUUUCAGUGAUUGUGUAAAUAUAUGCUUGCAAGAGAUGUGUAAAUAUAUAUUUAUAUGUAUGUAUUUACUAUACAUUAGAUAACAUAAGUUCCUGGGAAAAAAAGGUGUAAGGGGAAUCCCCUUCUAUGUUUGUUAGUAACUUUACUCUUUUGAUGAUAGCCUUUUUUACACCACAAAAAUGAAACAUGAAGUUUGUAAUUUUAGUAUCUUUUUUUGUUACUGCCUAAAUCCAUGUUCUUGAUCAUCAUUCUUGUGUAUCAAGAACAAAAAUACGGCAAUAAGGUGUAAUAAGAGUUUGUAAUUAUUGUAAUAUAUAAUGAAUUAUUUGUC